AUGAACCGGCCAAGCUAUACUCGAAACGACACACAGGACCACUACAAGCAAGACACACCUGAAGUUUCGAAGCCUUCACUAGAUGUCGGACAAGUCAUUGUGGGAGACGUUACCGAGGAGUCGGACCUUGACUCUGCUGUCCGACAAGCUGUGAAUCACCGCCGGCUUAAUCCAAGACAACUGCAAUUCACGGCUAUUGCUGGAUCAAUUGGAGCUGCACUCUUCGUCGCUAUAGGUUCCGGUGUGUCUUCUGGUCCCCUAUGCUUGCUCGUUGGCUUCGUGUUCUGGGCCACCGUCGUCUUCUCGGUAGCUCAAUGCCAGAUCGAGAUCGUCACUCUGUUUCCACUCGAUGGCUCCUACAUCCGUUUAGCUGGUCGCAUGGUUGACCCGGCUCUUGGGGUGACCGCAGGCUGGAAUCUCUUCUUCGCCCAGACAUCGUAUGUGAUCUUUGAGGCGACCAUCAUCAACACUCUGGUCUCAUACUGGGGAUAUGACCAGUCUCCAGCCAUACUGAUAUCUGUCUCACUGCUCUUCUAUCUGGCACUCAACGUAUACCGAGCGGACCUGUUCGGAGAGGCUGAGUUUUGGUUAGCGCUAGGAAAGAUUUUGCUGGCUACUGGACUCAUACUCUAUACGUUCGUUGUCAUGCUCGGUGGUAACCCAUUGCACGAUCGAUUUGGCUUUCGAUAUUGGAAAGAGCCAACCCCUUGGGUUGGAGAUAGCCCAGCCACUCGACUAGAGUCUUUCAUUAAUUCGGUGAAUGUUGCUGGCUUCUGCAUGGGCGGACCUGAGUAUCUCUCCAUGAUCGCCGGCGAAGCUGUAGAUCCAAGACGCACCGUUUCUCGUGCUUUUAACACGAUCGUCACUCGCCUCAUCAUCUUCUUCAUCGGUGGCGCCCUCUGCGUGGGCAUACUGGUUCCUUCCAACGACGGCACUUUGACUAAUGGUUCCGACACCUAUUCUGGAGCUUCACCCUAUGUUAUCAGUAUGCAGAGGCUGAAUAUCCCGGUGCUGCCGGCUAUCGUCAACGCGGCAUUGAUUACCUGCGUAAUUUCAGCUGGCAACGCAUACACAUUCAACGCUUCCAGAAGUCUCCAUGCGCUGGCCCUUGACAGGCAGGCUCCAGCAUUCUUGCGCAAACUGAACAAGAAUGGCGUUCCUUACAUGGCUGUCGUAGUCGUCAUGUUGCUAUCCUGUCUUGCGUUUCUUGCGCUGGGCUCAGGCAGUAGCAAAGUCUUGUCCUGGAUACUCAACUUCUGCACCGCGGCGACCAUGUUAAAUUGGGUCAUCAUGUCUGCCACCUGGAUUCGAUUCAAUGCUGCUGUCAAAGCUCAGAACAUUGAACGGCAGACAUAUCUACCUCACCUGUCGUGCUGGCAGCCUUAUGCAGCUUACUGGGCAUUCUUCUGGGCAUCGAUAUUUCUCUGGGUCCAAGGAUAUGCUGUCUUCUUGAAGGGCAAUUGGGAUGUGGCUACCUUUAUCUUUAACUAUGGUAUUAUUGCUUUGGCGGGUGGGAUUGGUCUUGUUUGGAAGGUUGUCAAAGGUACUCGCUUCCAGCGUAGCAAGGAGACUGAUGUCGUAUCGGGCUGCGAGUUUUUUGAUGCUUUGACGGAGCACUAUCGUAAUGAGCGAGAAGCUGAUGGGGCCGGAGCGGAUACUCUGAGAGGGCGGGUCAUGGCGAAGUUGUUCUAG